AUGAUAGGCUAUGUCUUGGGACCCGAUGGCAAGCCAUGCAAAAUAUGCACAGGUUUCAAAGCUUGGUCUCAUACCUUAACUCAAAAUCAACCUUCUUCCAGUCGGACACCCACCGAAGAUUCCGGUGCCUUGGCAGAUUCUUCUGCUACAACCAAAACCAACACCUCCCGAGAUCAAGUUCGAUUGGAUCACAACGGUCUUCGUGAAGAUUGUCCUGCUGAUGUCGAACGUCUGGGCCGCCACACAUGGACAUUUCUUCAUACCACUGCUGCUUAUUAUCCGCCCAAACCAACCGAAGCUCAGCAGACUUCGAUGCUACAGCUACUCAAUGCACUACCAGUUCUCUAUCCGUGUCGGAACUGCGCUGAAGAUCUGGAACAGGAAGUCAAAAGGAAUCCACCUGACGUGAGCUCCCAAGAAAAACUUGAAGCAUGGAUGUGUGCGACUCAUAAUGAAGUGAAUCGGCGACUGGGAAAAGAGGAAUUCGAUUGCUCACUGGUUGCGCAACGCUGGAGAGAUGGCUGGAAAGAUGGAAGAUGUGACUCGUAG